AUGGAGACCCCCGCCUGCCCGCUGUGUGAGCAGGUAGGCACGGUACAGUGGCUUGAUGAGGCGUAUGCCUACGUCUGCGGCGAAUGCGCUACGAUCGUCGCUGAUGCCCCCCUCGACGUGGUAGAGCAGCCGGAGGGCGUCGUCCCGCCGCCGCCCCGCCUGCCUCGAUGGUGGGUCUACGAUCGCGCGUCAGCGCGCCAUGCGCACGAACAACGGCGCGCGCGCCACGCGACAGAGAUGGUGCAGGGCGCUGCGACGCGACUGGGAUUUGCGUACGCGGCUCACGACAGCCUCGCACUGCUGGACCGCGCCCUGCGUCAGGAACGUGCGCCGCCGUGGGGCGCCUUGGCCUCGGCGUGCCUGUACGCCACGCUCCGCCGCGAUCACAGACUCGUCGAUGUGGCAGCCGUCGCGACAGCCAUGGAACAGACGCAUGCGGCCGUCGCACACGCAUGUCGCUGGCUCCGACGCAAGACGGCGCUGCCCUUGCUCGUCAACGACCCUGCCCUCUAUCUCGAGGCGCAGCUCGCGUACCUCGAGGCUCAUCCCGACGUGCUGCCGCGCGCCGUGGACAUGGCCCAUGUGCGCACGAUGACGACGCGCCUCUUGCAGCAUAUAUGCACGUAUGCAUGGGCCACGUCCCUCGAGGCGCCCUCGCUGGCGUAUGCGACGAUCAUGCACGCGAUCGAAGGCGUGUGUCGGCGUGCGUGGCCUGUACGCGCCAUGGCCUCCCACGCGCCGCAGGUCUCGGCACAUACCCUCGAUGGCUCCGUCCUCGUCUCGCCGUGUCAUGCCAGCGUGUCGACCGUCCUCGUACGCUACGCGGAGAUCGAAAAAAUGCUCCAUGCGCUCGUGGAAGCGCUGCCAUGGGUCGCGCAGCGGCCCAUAUCGAAGCGCGAGCGCGAUAGGAUGCGGCAUGCGCACGGCCAGCGCAGUCUGUCCCGAGCGGAGGUGGCCAUGUACAUGAGCGACGCGAUCGAAUGGGCCGCGCAGCACCCGCCGCCCGAGACACGCGUGUGGUCGCAGGCCUUUGCGGCACGGCGAAGCAUCCCUCGAUCGCCCGACCACGCCAGCAUGGCGCAGCGGCUCGGCCUGCACGGCCCCCGCAUCGAUGCGCUCAGUGACGCGGACGUCGAUGCGCGCCUCUUUGCGCCGGACGAGCUCGCGUCGUACAUGCGCACACCCGCCGAGCAGGCCCGCUGGGCGCAGCUCAAGGGAUGGGACACGGCGCCCGCCGCACCGGCGCCCGUGCCGUCGCCCCCGCCGAUGAAGCGGCCACGUCUGCAUGGACCUACACAGCAGCCUAUGAAGCAAGUGACCGAUGGCGCCUCGGACUGGGACGACUAG